CCCUUCGCGCGGCCCGUUCCGUCUCGCCGCCUCGCCUCCGGUAGUGUUUGGGCUGACGUGUCUGAAGUUACUCCGAGUCUCAGCGACUCAGGCCGUGAUGGCGGACGCCUGGGAAGAGAUCAGGCGGUUGGCGGCUGACUUCCAGCGGGCGCAGUUCGCCGAAGCCACGCAGAGAUUGUCAGAACGGAACUGCAUCGAGAUUGUGAAUAAACUGAUUGCUCAGAAACAACUAGAAGUAGUUCACACACUUGAUGGAAAGGAAUAUAUUACUCCAGCCCAAAUUAGUAAAGAAAUGAGAGAUGAGCUACAUGUCCGAGGCGGUCGAGUAAACAUUGUUGAUCUGCAACAGGUAAUUAAUGUGGACCUGAUUCAUAUUGAGAAUAGAAUUGGUGACAUUAUUAAAUCAGAAAAGCAUGUCCAGCUAGUAUUGGGACAAUUGAUAGAUGACAACUAUUUGGAUCGGUUAGCAGAAGAAGUAAAUGAUAAAUUGCAAGAAAGUGGUCAGGUAACCAUAUCAGAACUGUGUAAAACCUAUGACCUUCCUGGAAACUUUCUGACACAGGCAUUAACUCACAGACUAGGUAGAAUUAUCAAUGGACAUAUUGAUCUUGAUAACAGAGGAGUAAUUUUCACAGAAGCUUUUAUUGCUCGACAUAAAGCACGCAUCCGUGGAUUAUUCAGUGCUAUUACCCGGCCUACAGCAGUGAAUUCUUUGAUUUCAAAAUAUGGAUUUCAGGAGCAGCUUCUGUACUCUGUGCUCGAGGAACUUGUUAAUAAUGGACGGUUACGAGGCACUGUAAUUGGUGGGAGACAGGACAAAGCUGUGUUUGUCCCUGACAUCUACUCCAGGACACAGAGUACUUGGGUGGAUUCUUUUUUCAGGCAGAAUGGUUAUCUAGAAUUUGAUGCCUUGUCCAGACUUGGAAUCCCAGAUGCUGUAAGCUACAUAAAGAAAAGAUAUAAGACUACACAACUCUUGUUUUUGAAAGCAGCUUGUGUUGGUCAAGGACUUGUGGAUCAAGUGGAAGCAUCGGUAGAGGAAGCCAUCAGCUCUGGAACAUGGGUUGAUAUUUCACCUCUGCUUCCCAGUUCUUUAUCAGUUGAAGAUUCUGCCAUAUUGCUUCAGCAGGUGAUGAGAGCAUUCAGUAAACAGGCUUCAGCUAUAAUCUUUAGCGACACUGUUGUGGUCAGUGAAAAAUUUAUAAAUGACUGUACAGAGUUAUUCAGUGAAUUGAUGCACCAGAAAGCUGAAAAGGAAAUGAUAAAUAAUCCUGUGCAUUUAAUCACUGAAGAAGAUCUGAAGCAAGUUUCCAUUCUAGAAAGUGUUAAUACAAAUAAAAAGGAUAAAAAAGAUGAACGCAGGAAGAAAGCAACAGAGGGCAGUGGAAGUGUGAGAGGAGGAGGAUGGGGCAACGCCAGAGAAUACAAAAUUAAAAAAACCAAGAAGAAAGGAAGAAAAGAUGAUGACAGUGAUGAUGAGUCUCAGUCAUCUCACACUGCAAAGAAGAAGCCAGAGAUCACUUUUAUGUUCCAGGAUGAUAUUGAAGAUUUUUUAAGAAAACACAUUCAAGAUGCCCCUGAGGAGUUCAUUUCUGAACUUGCUGAAUAUUUAGUAAAACCUCUUAAUAAAACCUAUCUUGAGGUGGUACGUUCAGUAUUCAUGUCUUCAACUUCUGCUUCUGGAACUGGCAGAAAACGCACAAUCAAGGAUUUACAAGAAGAGGUUUCAAAUCUAUAUAAUAAUAUUAGGUUAUUUGAAAAAGGGAUGAAGUUUUUUGCAGAUGAUACACUGGCUGCUCUUACUAAGCACUUACUGAAGACAGUGUGUACUGACAUCACCAACCUCAUUUUUAACUUCUUAGCUUCAGAUUUAAUGAUGGCAGUAGAUGAUCCUGCAACCAUUACAAGUGAAGUAAGAAAAAAAAUUUUAAGUAAAUUGUCAGAAGAAACCAAAGUAGCUCUAACAAAACUGCAUAACUCUCUGAAUGAAAAAAGCAUAGAAGACUUUCUUUCUUCUCUGGAUUCUGCUGCAGAAACUUGUGAUAUUAUGGUGAAAAAGGGAGACAAAAAAAGGGAAAGACAGAUACUAUUCCAGCAUCGACAAGCACUGGCUGAACAGCUGAAAGUCACAGAAGACCCUGCUCUUAUUCUGCACCUCACAUCAAUCCUGUUGUUUCAGUUCUCAACCCACAGCAUGCUCCAUGCACCUGGAAGAUGUGUCCCACAGAUCAUUGCUUUUCUUAAUAAUAAAAUUCCAGAGGAUCAGCAUACUCUUUUGGUAAAGUAUCAAGGUUUGGUUGUAAAACAGUUAGUUAGUCAAAAGAAGACUGGGCAGGGAGAUGAUCCCAUGAGUGAUGAACUAGACAAAGAACAACAGGAUGUCACCAAUGCUACUCGUAAAGAGCUUCAAGAGCUUUCUUCAUCCAUUAAGGACCUUGUUCUCAAAUGCAGGAAAUCAUCAGUGACAGAAGAAUAAUGAUCUUAGUUUGCUUUUGUUAUAUAGUGAGCAUUUUCCCCAAAACUUAAACUUAAAGGUGAGUAGUCACAAAAAACAGUCAGUGGCAACUCUCCCUCGCUCCCGCACAAUUCAAUUAAAAUAGUAGUGUUCUAUUAAAUGUAAAUCUUAUAAAACGUGAAUUUUGGUAAAACUGGGUUCUCGAAAGUUUUUCUUUUCACAUAAAUUCUAUGUGCAACUUUUUAGAUAAAAGUUAUUUUCACAUAAUUCUAAAAAAAUACAUUUUAGGUUUAUUCCAGAUGGUAAAUGAAGAAUGAAUUUUUCUGGAAAAGUACUUAUUCAUUUGCUAUUUGAUUUUUUAAGUGAUAUCUAUAUUUAUUAUAUUCACUUAAGCAGAAACUUAAAAUUUGGUCACUUUAAAAAAGAAGAAAAGGGAAAUAAAGCCUUCAGUGUGUCAAAAGUAAAAAUAAAUCACAUUUUAUUUUAAGUUAAUAGAGUUGCUUCAAAAAUAAAAUACAGGAAUUUUCAGAAUAUAUAUAUAUAUAUAUAUAUAUAUAUAUAUAUAUAUAUUAUUAUUAUUAUUAUUAUUAUUAUUAUUAUUAUUAAGUCCUUGCUCUAAUUUGGGCCUAGUAAGAGCCUUCCACGUAAAAGUUUGCAGGGGCUUCUGGGAUGCCUUUACAGGUGGGAACACCAGAGAAGCCUAUACAUUGCUAUGCUCUGUUACCAAACAGGCUGCUGAGAAAAGUGAGAGAAAACAUGAAAUUGACUGCUUAUAGAUAUGUCACAUUUAUAUUGGUAUGACUAAAAAUUUAAUACAAAGAUUUUUGAUUAAUCCAGUUUACAUUUCUAAAUUUUGCUUUUUAUUUCAGUAGAUGCUUUAACAUCUAAUUCUUUGGAAGUAUUUAUGUGACAAAUUGUUAAGCUGCUUUUUUUAGCGGUGAGAGGAUCUAUAAAUGCAUUUAAAUCAUUGGAACCUUUUUUUUUCCAAUAAUAGAAAACUUAUAAAAAUUAAAUAUUUUUGUUUUGUAAAGAUUGUGAUUUAAAAGUAAUUAACAUUAUUCUUUGGAGUAAUCAUUUCAACCAAACAAAUUUUAAGCAACAAUUUAGUAUUUAAAAAAAAUUUAGUAAUUUUGAAUAUAAUAGAAAAUUAAAUCCCAAAUAUGAAAAAAUAUUAUUUUAUAUAAUUCCAUUUAUGGCAUUUGAAACUUUAUAUUUUAAAAUGUUUAAAUGCAAAAUUCAGACUACCUCCACUUUGUUUUAGAAAAAGUGUUAAUCCUGAGUGAAAUUAAUGUAAUUUCUAAGCAUUGUUAUUAAAGUUGAUAGGAUUGUAACACUAAAUUUAAAAAUGUGUUCCCAUGGGUAAUGUUCUAAUAUAUGUUUUCAUAAGAGCAAAAGAAGAAAAAUGACAAAUCUCUGUGACUACAGAGUCUUAAUUUAUUUUUGUUUAUGCAACUUCCAAAAUAUUGAACACUCAGCAUAUUUAACUCCGCAUUUAAGGACCUUAUCAUUUAUGUUUCAGCAGAUACCAAAGUAAUUCUUGUUUAUGUUAAACUAGAUCAUAGAAAAUAAAUAGAAGAGACCAUGAAGCAAAUAAAAUCAUUCUGACUUAAUCUAUGAAAAUAAAGUAGAAGAGACAAUGAAGCAAAUAAACAUGCAUUCUGUAUUAACUUGUUUGCAUUAAAUUUUUUUCAUUUGUCAAAACAGUUAUUUUUUCAUAGAAAAUGAACAUUUUUAUUGUUUUGUAAAUAAAAUUAUAUAAGUGAUUUUGUAUGUAAAGAUCUAAUUUCAAUAAAGUUAAAAUUGUUAAAUGGC